AUGUCACUCACUUUCGAAUGUAUCCCCCUCACAGUCGAGGGCGUCAGUCUCAACCUAUCAACGAUCCAUAAACUCAACUCAAACCCACCAAUUCUCUUCCUCCACGGCUUCGGUUCCAGUAAAGAAGAUCUCGCCGAUCUAACUAUCCAGCCAUCUUUAAAACAUCAUGGCUUCAUUGCCUACGAUGCCCCCGGCUGCGGCCACUCAGCAAGCAACAACCUCUCCGCAACAGACAUCCCGUUCCUUGUGGAGACCGCGGAAGCGAUGCUCGCGCGCUUCAAUAUAGACAAAUUCCACCUAAUGGGCCACUCAAUGGGCGGGUUGACAGCCCUCAUCCUCGCAAACCAACAUCCAGACCGUGUCCUCAGCUUCGUGAAUAUCAAAGGCAAUCUCGCACCAGAGGAUUGCUUCCUCAGCCGCCAGAUCUUCAUGUUCCCAGCUGACGACGACGAGGCGUUCAUGGAUGCUUUUAUUGAGCGCACGCGCACAUCGGGCUCGUUUGCCAAUUCUAUGUAUGCUAGUACCCUGCGCGCGCGGGUCCGGGCUGCUGCGGUUCGGCCGAUUUUUGAGUCAAUGGUGCAGUUGACUGAUCACGGAGACUUGAUGGACAAGUUUCUGGCAUUGCCAUGUCCGCGCAUGUUUAUGUUCGGGGAGGAGAUGCGUGGCUUGUCGUAUCUGCCGUUGUUAGAGAAGGAGGGUGUUGAAUUGGCCGAUAUUGCGGGCGCUGGGCAUUUCCCUAUGUAUUCUAACCCUGUGGAGAUGUAUCGUCGCAUUUCGGGGUUCUUGGAUCGGGGUGCCCAGUGA